AUGGUGAAAAACAGAUCAGCCAAUCCGAAUGGUGGAGUCACAGAGCAGAAUAUCAGUUCCGUUACUGGAGCUGAAGAAGCACAACCAUUAAUCCAGGACCGGAGUAAUCAUUCAGUAUUGUAUCAAGCUAUCAAUGAGGUGCCUGAGGAUUACGAGAUUGAACCUCCAAAGAAAAUGAAAAACAGGUAUAGACUACAAAUAUACUUUGUCUCAUUGAUCAUAACGUUUAUCGGGUGUUUUUCAAUCAUAAACUUAUUGAUGCUAUUGUCAAGAGCUGAAGAAUUUGUGAAUCAAUCUGUGGAGAUGGAUAUCAAAACUGUUGAAUUAGAAAGCAUCUCAACAAGCGGUAUACAUUUGAGAGUUGAAGGUCUAAACGUUAUGGAUUAUAAUGGAAUUGAAAACUCUUAUUUCCAGAAUUUGUUCAAGAUUGGAGGUGGAAUUUUCAAUACGGCAACAAUUGAUUUAAAUACAGUCAAUUUGACUACAAAAGUGGAUGAUAAGUUGAUAAACAUUGGUUAUGUUGAUAUUCCACAAUUUGAUUUGAAUAUAAAAAAUGGAGAAUCCACUAAUUUGAAUUUGAAGGUUUCAAUCAAACCAAACACAAAAGAGAUACUGGGAUUAUUGAAAUCUUUGCUAAAUAAUCCUGAUCAGAUAUUCAGAGUUCAUGGACUGUCCACGGUCAAAAUUCAUUUGGGCUCAAUACCAAUAGGUAAUUUCAGUAUAAACUUUGACCAAGAUGUUAUCGGAAGCAAGUAUGUCAAUUUCAACGAACGUGACUUUAAGGUGAAUGAUGUGACUUUUGAUGAUAAUGAUGGUAAAGGUUACAAUAUCUCUUUUACAGUUAGUGUACCCAAUCCUGUAAAGUACAAGCUGUUUGGAUUUGAUAUACCAUCCUUGGAUUGGGAAAUUUUGGUUAAAGAUUGCUACGACAAGCCUACUAUAAAUUUGAUGGAUGGUCCAAUCACUUCUCAAAAAUUUAAAUUAUCACCACUGGAUCAAUUGCUAAGUGUCAAUAUGACAACUUCAAUCGACCAUCUCAACUCAAGAUUAACUGAAAAAUGCUCUUUUGGAAAUGAUGGUACCCCAAUGAGUUUUCUAAUUGAUGAAUUUGUGAAUAAUAAGAGUUUGCCUGUAAUGGUUAAAAAUUCAAAAGGCUCAAAGGACUUUCCUGGGUUCAUUAAUGAAUUUUUGAAAACAUUUGAAUUCAAUAUAGAUUAUUUGUCAAAUUUCCAAACUUCCCACUUGAUUCAUAACGUUUCAUUAGAUAACUUGAAUUUUCAAUUUCAAAAUGGAGAUACCAAUAAACCAGUUAUCAAUGGGGAUAUCAACAUCUACAUCAAGCCUCCAUAUAAAAUACAGAGCUUUGGAAUCAGUAAAAUAAAAGGAGUUCCCAGCUUGUAUCAUCAAGGUUUGGAAUUUGGGAAAAUUAACUUGAAUGAAUGGCAUGAUUGCACAAAUGUUGAGAUGGAUGAUUUAUUAUUUGUUAAAUUUACUUUGAAUCAAGAAGAGUUAGAAAUUACAAAUAGAAGAGUUUUUGGGCAAGUUAUAAAUGAGGUUAUAGGUAAAGGUUCCAGUAAAGUGUUUAUUGAUGCUAUACUAGAUUGUUUGGUUAGUACAUUGUUAGGUGAAUUUGAAGUUGAGAAGAUACAUGCAUCAAGUGAAUCAGAUAUAACAAGGGGUUUCAUUUUAAAGGGUUUUGGUUUAUUAUAG